AUGAAGAAAAACACACAAUUAAUUAUUUUUUUCUUACUAUCAUUAUUUACCUACAAAAGUGUAGCUGAAGGGAAUAUUGAUAUACCCAAUGACAAUGAUAACACUGUGAUUACGAACAAUGGAAAUAAUGGAAAUGGAGAUGAUAACAAUGGGCCAUCGCACAUUGAUGGAAACAACAAUAAUAUGAAUGAUAAUGAUAAUAAUGAUUCUAAGAAAAAAGAAAAUGAUUUAACAGGAAAUAAGAAUGAUAAAGAAGACGAAGCAAAUGGAAAUGACAAGAAAAAUGAAAAUGCAGAUAGUAACAAUGCUAAGAACAAUUCAGAUACAAAUGCAAAAAAUGAUGAUGAAAACAAAAUGAAUGAAGAAUCUUUAAAAAAAAUUCUUAAAAUUGUUGAUGAAAUUGAAAAUAUUCAAGCACUACUUGAUGGAAACUAUAACAUUUUUGAUAAAUACAGCGUAAAAUUAGUUGAUGAAGAUGACGAAGAAACUAAUAAAAAGAAAUUAAUUGGAGAAUAUGACAUUAAAAUGUUAAAAAAAAUUUUAUUAUUCAGAGAAAAAAUAUCAAGAAGUUGUGAAAACAAUUAUAUUAAGAAUAUACCAAACUUAUUUAUUAAAUGUGCUAAUGUGAAAGAUCCCAAAUUAAGUAAAUCUGUAGAAAAAAUUAAAAAAGGAUUAACUAAAAAUAAUAUGAAUAUUGAAGACUUCAUAAUAGGUUUAUUAGAAGAAUUAUUUGAGAAAAUAAAUGAAAAUUUUAUACAAGAGGAUUCAUUUGAUUUAAAUGAUUAUUUACCAGAUAUUGAACUAAUUAAUUACAUACUUACGAAUGAAACCCCUGAAUUAAUUGCUGAUCUUUUAAAUAUAAUAGAUGCUAUAAAUUUCAAGUUAGAAUCUGGAUCCAUCGAAAAAAUGGUUAACUCAACCCAAUCAGGAGCCCAUUUAAAUAGCAAAAUGAAGGAAGACAUAAUUAAUUUAUAUAAAAAUUCUGCAGCCAAAUUUUUUAAAAUUGGAAUUGAUAAAAAAACAAAGAUGAUAUAUCCAGUACAGGUAACACAUAAAAGCAUCAACAUGAAAGAAUUUGCUCUUAAUUUCCUUGACAAAAAUAAUGUAUGUGAGCAUAAAAAAUGUCCAUUAAAUUCCAACUGCUAUGUGAUAAAUGGUGAAGAAACAUGUAGAUGUCUCCCAGGAUUUAUUGCUGUCAACGUAAAUAAUGAUUUUAACUGUGUGAGAGAUGAUACCAUUGACUGUAGCAUACAUAAUGGUGGCUGUGAUGAAAAUGCCACAUGUACACUUAUAGACAAAAAAAUUGUAUGUGAAUGCAAGGAUAAUUUUGAAGGAGAUGGAAUAUAUUGCUCCUAUAGUAUUUUUAAUUCCAUCAACAGUUUCAUUUUCUUAAUCAUACUGCUUUUGUGUUUAUAUUUAUUUUAG